ACUGCGGACCCCAUCUGUUGCAUCAGUGUUGAGGAUAUUGUUAUUAUCUCGUCAGCUGCGUGGAUUUACCACUACGACGUCCGGACGCAGGGAGGAAGAGAGAGCAGGAGAGAUUGCCUGAAGUGAUGUCAGGGGCUAACACCAGCUACUACCAGGAGGCGGCGGAGCUGGCGGUGGGCUACCCCUGCUCCUGCCGGCACAGCAUGGGCGGGCCGCAGUGCAGUAUUGUCACGGUAGUGGUGGGCAGCGUGGCGCGACCAAGCACCGAGGCGGAGGCCAUGUCGGCGGGUCAGGUGGUGCUGGUGGUGGUGUUCAGCACCGCUAUGCCCGUGCUAGUGGUGGAAUUGGUGUUGGUGAUUGUGUGCAUGAAGCGGAAACGCGUACGUGACUGCCCGUGUCGGGAUGAGGAGGCGCGGCGUCAGAACGAGCAGAAUAUGGUGCACAACGCUGUGGGCGCCGUCAACAGUGUCUGGACCACCACAUGAUCUUCUACUCCCUAAACUUCCCCAUCAAGAAACCUCUCAAAACCGUGCCACCGCCUCCUCCCCUUGCAUCACCCACACCACACCCACCUCCACCACCAUCACCUCCACGACCACGACUACAAGAAUCCCGCGGAGAACGCAUACUCCGCAGUGCCCAUGCGCAGCAGCAGGACUUAACAAGGAUGUGUCGCGGCUCUCGCUGGCUGACCGCCUCGAGAAGGACAUUGAGCCCCCGCCCAGCGCCUGCGUCACGCCCACCUCGGACUCCAGCGCCCCAUGCAAGGUGUUCCGGAAUUCCUUCCUGCCGCGCACAUACAGCCACAAGCCGAAAUCAAGCGACCGCCGGCAGAGAGGAGUCUUCUCCUGGACGUUUGAAGAGUACCACCUUCUUGAAGCACAGAGCACAGACAGCGCUGGAAACUGGACUACUACAGUUUGAGCAGAGUCCAACAUCUGUGUAUCUGCACCAGAAUCAAGUGUCCAGGGAGGAAAUGAUACGUCUGCAGAGAUGUGCCAGGAGGAGGGACUCUUGGAACAGGCCUUCACACAACAGGGAUUGGGGUGGGGGUGGGGGGACCUUAUAGCAGCAGGUGACUAGGAGAGAGGUUCCCCACAAGAUGCAACACACCACAUCCUCCAAACGCAAAAUAUAUUUGCCAAUAAAGGCAAGUUUGUGUGCCACUCUGUUGAUUUGAAGCAGCAAAACGUGCGGGUAUGACACCGUGUUGUAAUCAAUUGUAUAGUAUUGUCUAGUAAUCAACGUUUUUAUUACUACCAUUAUUAUUAUCUUGGUGUCACUCUAACUGUCACGUCGACUUCACAUCUCGUGUGUUAGUAAUUUAUCAACAUUUUUACUAUUCAUUCUCAACACUUACUAUUGUUAUUGGUAAUAGUGUAUUAUUGUGUGAUCAAUAUUAGCAUUACUAUCAUUGCCCUACUGUUACUAUUGUUAUCAUUACUAGUACCAAUACUACUUUUAUUACCAUUGCUAGGUAAUACUUCAUGUAAAAUUACUUCAUUGAUUCAGGAUCCUCUACAUUAUCUACUGUUUUAUACUGACAAUUUCAUUAAUUAUUUCUAUUUUAUUGUUUUAUUUUAUUAUUAUUUUUUUUUUUACUUUUCUUAUUGUUGCCCAAAAAUCUUUGCUUCAAAAGGGUUCCCAAAUAUGACAGAUUAUUUUGUGAUUAUAUACAUAUAUUUUUUGUUGCAUGGGAAAAUAAAAUGUUUCAAAUCUCUCUCUCUCUCUCUCUCUCUCUCUCUCUCUCUCUCUCUCUCUCUCUC